AAAAAAAAAAAAGAUUUUUUAAGAGAAAUUUAAAAUUUUCCCCCUCCUGUAAAAAAUCAAUUUUUUUUUCGUAAAAAUGUUGUUAGAUCCAAUAAUCAAAAUACUUUUUAUUAUUAAAAGUAAUAUUUUAUCAAUCAUUUUAUUAUCAAUUAUAUCAUAUGUAAUAAAUUAUUAUAUUCAAUAUUUUACAAGACCAUCAAAACUUCCAGGACCAUUUCCUAUACCAAUAUUUGGAAAUUUAUUUCAAAUUGGAGAAGAUCUUGUUGCAGCAGUUGAUAAAUUUCAUGAAAAAUAUGGAGAUUUAUAUGAAUUUUAUGUUGGAAAUAAACGUAAUGUUGUAAUUAGUAGACCAGAUUUAGCAGAAAAAGUAUGGGGAGCCACAACAGUUAAAAAUACCAAAUUUAUUAUGCGUACUUCAUAUUCUGAAGGAGUUGAUGAACUUGGUUUAGGUACAAAAGGAAUGGUAUUAAAUAGAAAUAUUGAAACUUGGAAUAUUAAUAGAAGAUUUUUUAUUCAAUCAACUUCUUCCCCACAAUUUUUACGUGAAGCUAUAAAUUUAUCAAGUAAAAUUAAUGAUGAAAUUUUUAAAUAUUGGAAAAUUAUGGAAAAAGAAGGUUCAAUAAUAAAAUUUUCUGAUUGGAUGAAUGCUUUAGGUACUGAUAUUGUAGUUACAACAGCUACAGGUAAAAGAAUGUCAUCAACUGCUGAUUUAUUUAAUAAAUUAAAUACUGAAGGAAAAAAAUCUGAAAUUAAAGGAACUUGGGAGAAUGGUUUAAUAUUUACUGAAUCAAUUUAUAUUUAUAAUGAAUCAAUGAUGUUUAUGAUGUUACUUCCACCUUUUAUAAGAAGAAAUAUACCUGGUAUUAAAUCUAUAAAUAAAAAAUUUUUAGAUAAUAGAGAUUGGAUAAAUAAUGAAUUAGAAAAAAUGGUUUAUGAAAAAAGAAAAGAGAUUGAAAAAACUCCUUUAAAUCAACCUAUUGAAGCUACUAUAUUAAAUUUAUUAAUUACAACAAAUACUGAAAGGGAUUUAGAAAAGAUAACUGUUGGUAAAUUUGAUAGACCUUUAACAGAUGAUGAAAUAAGUUCAAUAUUACGUGAAGUAUUUACAGGUGGUUUAGAUACUACUUCAAAUACUUUAUCUUUUGUUACUUUUUAUAUUGCUAAAAAUCGUGAUGUUUAUUUAAAAAUGAGGGAUGAAGUAUUAAAAGUUUAUGGUACAUUAGAAAAUCCUGAUAUUACUUUGGAAUCUUUUGAUAAACUUAAAUAUAUUGAAGCUGUAAUUAAUGAAAGUAUACGUAUAUUUCCAACUUUAUCAUUUAUGGCUCGUGCUGCAAUUGAAGAUGUAGAAUUUGAUGGUUAUGUUAUUAAAGCUGAUACAACAGUUUAUACAAAUUUAAAAGUUUUAAGUAAUAAUCCAAAAUAUUUUAAAGAUCCUGAAAUUUUUAAUCCUGAUAGAUUUUUAAAUGAUAAAAAUUCAAUGGAAAAAUAUACUUUCUUACCUUUUGGUUAUGGUGCUCGUAUGUGUCCUGGUAGAAUUUGGGCAAUGGUACAAAUGAAAACUUUCUUGGUUAAAUUUGUUAGUACUUUUGAUAUUGAAUUGGUUGAUAAAGAUUCUAAUAUCAAGUAUAAAUAUGCUACUGCAAAUCGUCCUGUGAAUGUUGACCUUUAUAUUAAGACGAGAAAAUAAGUAUAUAAAAUUAGGUAAUGAGGGUUAAAAUUGAACAUAGUUAUUAAUUAUUAUUAUUUAAAUUAGGGAUUGGCGUUGAUUUUUUAUUAUUAUUUUAUUGAUUUGUAUUUUAUAUUAUUAUAAAUAAUUUUUAUUUGGUAACGGAGUAUUUUAUAUAUUAUUAAAUAAAAACUAUGAUUUCUUUUUCUUAUAUAAAAUUUUAUUAUU